AUGAGUGUAUCUAAGCCUUGCUCUACUCCUUUUGCUUCUUCUUCUUCUUCUGAUGAUCAAUCUCCAGCUUUGAGGAUGUUGUCUUAUACAGAAGCACAGUUGGUGACUCUCCAGUAUGCUACUAUCACUAGACCAGACAUAGUUUUUGCAGUUAAUAGUGCCUGUCAACAUAUGCAAGCUCCAUCUGAAGAAAAUUGGGCAGUUGUGAAACGCAUUCUCAGAUACUUACAAGGGAUAGUCUCAUUUGGAUUACAUUUUAAGAGAUCAUUUUCUUUACAACUGCAAGCCUUUUCUGAUGCAGAUUGGGCUGGUGAUCUUACUGACAGGAUAUCCACAAGUGGUAUGGCUAUAUUUAUAGGUCUAAGUUUAAUAUCCUGGAUGAAGCACAUUGAGAUAGCUUUUCACUUUGUCAGAGAGCUAGUUGCUGCUAAAUGCUUGGAGGUACGGUUUCUCUCUACUACGGAAAAAAUUGAUGAUAUUCUUACAAAGGGCUUAUCAAUUACCAGAUUUCAUCAUCUACGUCUCAAGCUCAGUAUCUCUGAACCUCCAUAG